CGCGGUCUUGCCGCUGGUUUUUCGGUCGUUGUUUUUGUUUUUCUAUCGUCUUAGGUUAAACAUCUGAUCGUCGGAGUUUCGCCGAUUAGCAGAUUGCUCCAGGAGAUAGAGGAAGGAGAUUGCUCGACGUUGACGGUGCAUUGAGGAUUUUUGGAGUAUUCGCGAGUCCGAUAUUGUGAUUUCUCCGUUCUCGGGCCUUCUCGACGAAGGUACUUCUGAUGCAAAAAAUUUCAGAAACAAGAUAGAGGAAUUAGAAUUUUAAUAGAUUUAAUGAAUCUCAACCUUUUUGUUUUGGCUUUGGAUCUAAUUGAUGAACAAGUCAAUAUAUGCAUUGUGAUUUUCUGCCUUAGAUUAGUUGAGGUGAUAAUUUUUGUUGGUUUAUUAGCUGUUCGUUUGUCCUACCGAGAUUUUGGAAGAUGGGUGUUUCUGACUUUUGUGUCUGGUUUUUGAGGAUUCGAGUUGUAAUAUAAUUUGGAGGCCCAGGCCAAGUCGUGGAGAUUAUGGUUCUUGGUUCAUCAUGGCAUAACCGUGUCUAUUUGUGCAUAUAUUACAGGAAAAAGAAAAGGUUUUAGACAUUCUUCGCUCCUGAAACCUCUGAUCAAUCAACCAAAAAGCCUUGCAGGGAGAAAUGGAUCACAGUCGCUAUGGUCUUCAGCAAGGAUGGGAUAAUAACAGCGUAAUUGCGGUUUUCCUCCUUUAUAAUCACCUAUAUGGGAUGAUAAUACAAGAAAUUUUUAGGGAUCAUGUCAUGGUCCAAAUUUUUUUUGGGCAUCUCAUCCUUAAAGAAUAAUGAGAAAGCCGUUGGCAGUGAGGAUAUGGACUGGAUUUGCCUAACCUCCUAACAUGAUUGAGUUUGUUGCUGACGUUAGCUUCUCUCUUGAAUCCACAGGCUAUUGAGGGUUAUGAUGCUGUCCAUGAGCCAAAUUUGCGGAUUGGCAGUUCAUAUGAUGGAGGGAGGUUCCUAGAUGAAAGGUACUCAAGAGAUAAUGUUUAUCCAAGGAAUGCUUAUUACCGUGAUCCUUUGGGGAGGGAGAAAUACCCUCCUCCACCUGGUGCGGGUCUUUGGCCUCAAUCUAGACGGAGAAGUUAUGAGGAAGAGUAUCCCCUUGAUCGGUAUUCUAGGCGGCAUCAGAAACCAUACAUUGAUUCACAUAACAAAGUGGAUACUUUUCAUGAUCAUGACAUGGAUUCAUUUCAAGAUUUCCAUGAUGGCUACCGUGGUGGUGACGACUAUCAGGAUCAUGAAUUUGACAGGUCCUCUAGGAUUGGGGGACAUGAUCGAGGUGACUAUGGAUAUGAUGAUUAUGACUAUAGGCCUCGAAUAUCCCAUCAGAAUAGGGAAGAUAGCCGUGAGAGGGAUUACGAAUAUGGUCGACAUGGUUCUGAUUCUGAUUAUGAUAGAGGCAGUUGGAGAGAUGGCAAUUGGAGGAGGCGUGAAUCACGUGAAAGGGAGCGUGAUAAGAGAAGUUGGAGUCGAGAAAGAGAUCAGAGUCCACGUGGAAGGCAUGACCGGUCAAGGUCCCAAUCUCGUGGACAUGAUGAUCGCUCUAGAUCAAGGUCUCCUCGAGGUAGAAGCCAUGGCCGAAGCCAUCGAGAGGAUAGCUAUGAAGAUGGACGGAAUGAGAGAACUGAGAAGCGAAGGGACCGGGAAGACAAAUAUAUGCAUGACCGUUUUUCUGUGGUGCCAUCUGCCACGAUUGUAGUAAAGGGUCUCUCACAGAAAAUAACCGAGGAAGAUUUAUACCAAAUCCUUGCUGAAUGGGGGCCACUUCGUCAUGUCCGUGUGAUCAAGGAGCGAAACUCUGGCAUCUCUCGUGGAUUUGCUUUUGUUGAUUUUCCUUCUGUGGGGGCAGCGCAAGCUAUGAUGGACAGGAUUGGGGAUGAUGGUCUUGUUGUGGAUGGUAGGAAGCUUUUCUUUGAGUACAGUAGUAAGCCAACUGGGGCAUCUGGUGCACCUUUUGGUCAUGAGAGUAGUGGAAAAUCAGGUCAUUCUGGCAAGAAGAGCAUGACAAUGCCAUCCGAUUGGAUGUGUACUAUCUGUGGCUGUGUCAAUUUUGCUCGACGAACGUCAUGCUUUCAGUGUAAUGAGCCACGGGCUGAUGAUGCUCCACUAGCAGAUAUGUCUUUAUCAAAUUCGGCAUCAUUGGGAAAGAAAGGAUCAGAAUCAGGUCCUACGCAUGUUUUGGUUGUUCGUGGAUUGGAUGAAAAUGCUGAUGAGGAAAUGCUUCGAUAUGAGUUUUCUAAACAUGCUCCAAUAAAGGAUCUACGUCUUGUUAGGGACAAGUUCACACAUGUUUCAAGGGGCUUUGCUUUUGUUCAUUUCCAUUCGGUUGAGGAUGCUACAAAAGCUCUUGAGGCAGCAAAUGGAACAACACUUGAGAAGAAUGGGCAGAUCUUAAGAGUAGCCUAUGCAAAAAGCAUUCUCGGGCCAGGAUCAGGGACAUCAGUACCUUCACAGUCUAGCAGUCUGGCAGCUGCUGCUAUUGAGGCAGCAGCCUUUGCUCAACAGUAUGAUGCUGUUGGAUGGACACCAAAGGAAUAUAAUCCCAAUGAAAAAGAGUCUGCUGGGAGGCAGGACCAGGGAAGUAGGAUGGUUACCAUUCAACAAGAUGGUUCAAAUUUGCAGUCUGGUUUUGUCUGGGAUGAAGCGUCUGGUUAUUAUUAUGAUGCUGCUUCUGGGUUUUAUUAUGAUGGAAAUACAGGACUUUAUUAUGAUGGUAACAAUGGGAUUUGGUAUUCAUAUGAUCAUCAAAAUCAACAGUACAUCCCUUGCAACGAUCAGAAUGACAACAAAGCAACCAUUAAACAAUCUGAGUCUUCAAAGGCAGUUGAUGGUUCCAACAAUAGGAAAGUAGUAAUCUCUGCUCCUGCUGCUACUGUUCCACCAGUUGAGAAGGCUGCAUCACUGCCAGAUGCUGUCCAAGCUGCCGCAACAGCAGCAAUAGCUGCAGAAAAGAGAGAGAAGGAGAAAGCAAAAGAGAUAAAACUAUCUUCAAAGAGCAGUAUACUUGCUAAUAAGAAAAAAAUGAAUAAUGUACUGUCAAUGUGGAAACAGAGGAGUCAUGAAGGGCAGGCAACACGUUUGGCGCUCGAUGACAAUCAACUUUCUUCUUUGGCUGAGGAAAAACCUUCUUCAGUUGGACAAUACACAAAGAGCAAGGCAAAAUCUAAUGUGUCGAUAGCAAAGGACAAUAUUUCAUCAAGUUUUCGAGUUGAUACCACCUCUCAAGGUAUGUCGGCUGUUGUUUUGGAGUCGCCCGUCAAGUCAAGGCCUAUAAGUAACAGCUCAGGGGGAACUCUAAUGGGAGUUAUAAGGGGUUCCACAAGAGGUCUGGGGCAAUCUGAUAUGUCUGGUUCAUGUGCUGGAGCUUCCACAUCACCUGCUGCUGCUGCUCCGGCUAGUUUAAUGGGUUCAUCUUUGUCAACUAAUUUAGAAGCACCAAUAGUUGGCACUCCUUUCAGAACAGAUGCAUCUGCAUUGGGUUCUUAUGCACCAUCGGUCGUUGUUGGGAGUGGCAAAAGGAGGUUUUCUGAAACACCACUACCCUCUAAGGAGCAGCCUCAGACUACUUAUAGAGAUCGUGCAGCAGAGAGGAGGAGCUUAUAUGGUUCAUCAUCAUCCAUUGGAGAUAAUAUGUCAGAGCUUGAGCUGGGGAAUUCAAAUCAAGAUUUUGCACUCAAAAAGGUCUCCUCCGAUCCAAUGCCUUUUCCUCCAGGCGUUGGGGGUGGACGUGGAGUCAUGUUAGAUGAUGUUCAGAGUUAUGAACUGAUCACUGCAGACAAAGCAAUUGAUGAGAAGAAUGUAGGCAACCGAAUGCUCCGCAAUAUGGGUUGGCAGGAAGGCUUGGUACCGUUUCCCUCCUAUGCUCUUCUAGCUGUUUAAUUUCACUUUUUUUUUUGUUGUAUUACAUGCCUCUCCUUGCAAGGAGUAGCAGCUUGAUGUUCCUUUUUAUAUUCUCAUAAUUCCCUGUCUUGCCUGUGUCAACUCUCACCCUUUCUGAUCCUGUAAAAGUUGGUAAAAAUUUUUGCACUCCAUCAUAGGAAACUUCCACUUUCCUAUCAACUUAACAGGAGAUACUGGCAUUAUUAAAAUCUGAAAAGGAAAAGGGAAAUCUUCUUUUGGAUUGUACUAAUUUCAAGUAGGGCUUUGAUCUUCUAAUUUUUCCCUUUACCAGAGCAUGUUGUUGAUUUCAUUUGAGGGUCCAAAUGGGGUAGUGUUUUGGUUGCUUGGUUAUGUAGUUCGAAGCACCAUUCUAACCAUUUUCAAUCUGGAUUGCCUUCUCUGUUUCUUUUGCACUUGAUAUGGUACUCAGGGAUUGGGAAAGGAUGGAAGUGGAAUGGUAGAACCAGUUCAAGCACAAGCCAUUGAUAGCAGAGCAGGACUUGGAAGCAAUCAGAAGAAGGCAGUGGACCCAAGCCUUGAGGUGCAGGCUGGAGAUAGUUACAAAACAGUCAUUCAAAAGAAGGCGCUGGCUAGGUUCCGAGAGAUGUCAUAGGUAAACAGACAUGCAGUUAGCAAUAAAAGCUUGUGCAAAUUGUGUUGUUUAUAAAUGCAUUUGGUUAAAGAAAUAUUUUCCUACCAAUGUUUUCAUAAUAAUUUUAUUAAUUUUCU